AACUAUAUAUCUAUUCACAAUUACAGUGAUGCAAGAAGACAGAUUGAGCUAAAAAUGACAGCUAAAUUAUCUAUUCAAGUUUUUUCACAUUCGUUAGAUAAAAAAUAGAUUUAAAUUAUUACGUUAUAAUAAAAUUUUAUUCAAAGAGAGAAAAUACUUCAGUAAAGGUGUGAACUUAACGAUUUAAAAUGAGAGUUCUAUUUGUGGUAUUUUUGUUGUGUAUUUCCUCUUCUUUUGGAUCUGAAAAUGAACCAGUUGGAAUUAAAGCUAAGGGUUUAGUUGAAUUAGAUUUGGCAGAUACACAGUUUGUUAGUGAGAUUAAACAGGAAGUUCUCAAAUCUGUUCGCAGUUGGAGAUUGCGAGAAACGUUAGAAGCUGAUGUCACAAACUAUACAAAUGAAAUCUUAGAUAAUGUUGGUCUUUACUUGGUGGAAAACGGUAUGGAUCCUAUGGAACUAUCCGAUGAACUAGUUGAUCUGCUCCUUUUAGGGAAAAUAAACAUGACCAACGGAUGGUUACAAGAAUUGUCUUCAAUAGGAACCUACGAAAAUGUAUACGUUACUUACUCCAACGACACUAAGAAAUUGGAACUCUCUUUGCCUCUCAGUUUUGACUCUCUAUUAAUUACCUACAAAUACAAAUACACGUACCUACUUAUAACGAUAUCUGGAAACAUCAAAGCCAAGAUAUCAGACGUCAAAAUCAACCUACAUCUUGGAUUUGACUUCUCCACUUACCAGGCGUUUGUUAACAAGAUCGACGUAAAAAGCUCUGGAAAAAUCGAUUUUGAAUUCACCGGACUGGGAUUGUUAGACUGGAUGAUAGAUGCAUUUAGUAGUGUUCUUACCACCUUGUUCCACAAUUUAAUCCUGGGAAUAAUCAAUGCUAUUGUAUAUAAUCCAGUGCAAUCGGUGGUAUCGCAAAUUAACAGCGUCAUCAAUAGUAUCCUACAUCCAAACUCUACCUCAAACAUAAUGAUGUUGUAAAGAAAAAGAGUUAUAAUUUGGAGAGGUGUAUUUACACCUAUUUAGAUUAUUUUCUAAAGUAUUUAUUUUAAAAAUAACUGCUUCAAGAUA